AUGGCAAAGCGCCGCUUCAAGCUCCCUGCCGUCCUUGCGUUGGCCUUGUCCAUUAUGGUGGCUAGGUCUUUCGUUGCUCCGUUUGAGAUAUCGCGAAUCACCCAAGUUAACAGGCACAAGGCCGCAAGAACCACGAGAUGGGCGUUCGACGCUUCGAUUGCUGCGCAGUAUUUAGAGCCAUUCGCCACUGUGCUUGGGUUAUCACUGAAGGACAUCGUACUGGGAGUUCAGGUUGCAAACAGCAACAUCGACUCGCUUUCGAAGCAGGAUACUUUGGUGAACUCCAAUGAUGCCCAAGACCACGCAGAAGGCCUUGCAAAAGCCUUGGUGAAGGAAAGCAGUGCAUCACCUCAAUUCCGCAACAUCUUCUUGCCGAAGAUUUCGUUGCCGCGGAUCCCUGUGAACG